AUCGAAAAAGCGGAAAAAUCAAGAUUCAUUUUCUUUAUUUUCUUCUUCUAGGUUUCUGCACGGUUGGCUUUUACGAAUUCACUUGAAUUUCUUUGCGAUUCUUUUUCUUCUCCUCCUCUCUGCAUUCCCUACCGUCGGACGCUAGAAUCAAUUCAACAUGGAGGGAAAGGGUAACCUGGAAGCGGCGAUAGAGCAGUUGUUGAAUGUGGAGAAGCAGAUGAGGUUGGCUGGUGACGUCGCCGGUACUAAGAAGGCCGUCACUGAAAUUCUUCAACUCUGCUUUGAAGCUAAGGAUUGGAAGGUCCUUAAUGACAUGAUUUCCGUCUUGUCCAAAAAGCGUGGUCAACUCAAGCAGGCUGUGACAGCAAUGGUCCAACAAGCAAUGCAGUACAUUGACCUGACUCCAGAUCUUGAAACUCGUAUAGAGCUCAUUAAAACACUUAACAAUGUGUCUGCAGGAAAGAUAUAUGUCGAAAUUGAGAGAGCGCGGUUGAUAGAGAAACUUGCAAAGAUCAAGGAAGAACAGGGACUUAUAGCCGAAGCAGCAGAUUUGAUGCAAGAAGUUGCAGUGGAAACUUUUGGUGCCAUGGCGAAAACUGAAAAAAUUGCGUUCAUUCUUGAACAAGUUCGUUUGUGCCUGGACCGUCAAGAUUAUGUCCGUGCUCAAAUUCUCUCCAGGAAAAUCAGUCCAAGAGUCUUUGAUGCUGAUACUUCAAAAGAAAAGAAAAAACCCAAGGAAGGUGAGAAUGUUGUUGAGGAGGCUCCUGCUAAUAUACCCUCAUUAUUGGAGUUGAAGCGGAUCUACUAUGAAUUGAUGAUAAGGUAUUAUUCCCAUGACAAUGAUUACCUUGAAAUUUGUCGAUGCUAUAAGGCCAUAUAUGAGAUUCCCUCUGUCAGGGAGAAUCCAGUCCAGUGGAUUCCGCUUCUGAGGAAAAUCUGUUGGUACUUGGUUUUGUCGCCACAUGACCCGAUGCAAUCAAGCCUUCUUAACUCCACAUUGGAGGAUAAGAAUCUUUCUGAGAUUCCUAAAUUUAGGUUGCUACUGAAACAGUUAGUAACGAUGGAGGUCAUCCAAUGGACCUCCCUCUGGACUUCAUACAAGGAGGAGUUUGAGAACGAGAAAAACAUGCUUGGAGGUUCUUUGGUUGACAAAGCUGCAGAAGAUUUAAAGCAAAGAAUAAUUGAACAUAAUAUCCUUGUUGUUUCAAAAUACUAUGCGAGGAUUACCUUGAAGAGAGUUGCAGAGCUUCUGUGUCUCAGCAUCCAGGAAGCUGAGAAGCAUCUAUCAGAUAUGGUGGUGUCGAAAGCCUUAGUUGCCAAGAUUGACCGGCCAAUGGGAAUAGUCUCUUUCCAAGUUGCAAAGGAUAGCAAUGAUGUUCUCAACUCGUGGGCAAUGAACUUGGAGAAGCUGCUUGAUCUUGUUGAGAAGAGCUGCCAUCAAAUACACAAAGAAACCAUGGUUCACAAAGCUGCUCUGAAAGUCUGAGAAGGUGAGGCCUAAUUCAGUAUGUUCUUGGACAAAGUUGGCUUAGUCAAUUUCAAUUCAAACCCACCAGGCCGAGUUGAUCAAAGCGCAUUUCUUGGGUUCCGUUUUCCCGAAAAGUUAUUUAUUUUGUUGGUUAGGGAUGAAGAAUUUCAAUGUCCUAGAACCAUGGUAAAAAUUGUUGUAUACUACCCACAAAUGCUUGACCACUGUGGGAUGGCAGGACCGGAAUGGGCUUGUUUUAUAGCAGUGGAAAGAUAUUUUUCAGUGCUUUUAGCCCUUCUUUGUGAUGUUAUAAUCUCUCAUUUGACAUUGCCACUAAGACUCUUGCAUCAUAGUUUCCAUGGUUGGAUUGAGA